AUGGCGGCUUUCGUCGGGGAGAAGAUAGAGGAUUUCAGGGUCGGGAGCCUCCUGGGAAAGGGGUCUUUCGCCGGCGUCUACAGAGCCGAGGCCAUCCACUCAGGCCUGGAAGUUGCGAUCAAGAUGAUUGAUAAAAAGGCCAUGUACAAAGCGGGGAUGGUCCGGAGGGUCCAGGAGGAAGUGAAGAUCCACUGCCAGCUGAAACAUCCUUCCAUCCUGGAGCUUUAUAACUAUUUUGAAGAUAGCAAUUAUGUGUAUCUGGUAUUAGAAAUGUGUCAUAAUGGAGAAGUGAACAGGUAUUUGAAGAACAAAAUGAAACCUUUCUCAGAAAACCAAGCUCGACAGUUCAUGCACCAGAUCAUCACAGGAAUGCUGUAUCUUCAUUCUCAUGGUAUAUUACAUCGGGACCUCACACUUUCAAACCUCUUACUGACACGGAAUAUGAAUAUCAAGAUUGCUGAUUUUGGGAUAGCAACUCAGUUGAAAAUGCCUAAUGAAAAACACUAUACACUAUGUGGCACUCCCAAUUAUAUUUCCCCAGAAGUUGCCACUCGAAGUGCACAUGGACUUGAAACUGAUGUUUGGUCUCUAGGGUGCAUGUUUUAUACAUUACUUGUUGGGCGGCCCCCUUUUGACACUGACUCAAUCACAAAUACAUUUAAUAAAGUGGUAUUGGUAGACUACAAAAUACCCACCUUUUUGUCACAAGAGGCCAGGGACCUUAUUCGUCGAUUGCUUCGUAAAAAUCCAGAAGACCGUUUAAGUCUGUCCUCGGUGUUGGAUCAUCCUUUUAUGUGUCAGAGUUCUUCAGGGAGAAUUAAGGAUUCCAGCCCUGUAGAAGAUUCAAUAGAUAGUGGACAUGCUACCAUUUCUACAGCAAUUACUGGUUCUUCCAGUGCCAGUAUGAGUGGUUGUUUACUGGACAAGAAGAGACUGUUAUUUGGUCAGCCACUUCCAAAUAAAAUGACUCUAUUUCCAAAGAACAAGAACCUGAGUAAUUUUUCAUCUGGUGAUGGAAGCAGUUUUUAUCCUCAGUGGGGAUUUCAUGAACAAGAAAGCAGUCACAGUAGCCGGGGAAGACUGCUACAAGAGCCUGAAGAAAGGCCACAUUCUCGAUACCUGCGCAGAGCCCACUCCUCUGAUCGAUCUGGUACUUCGAGUGGUCACUCCCAAGCCAAACCACCUGCUGUGGAGCGCUGUCACUCUGCAGAUAUCUUCUCAAAGCCCAACAGAAGAGGAUGGCCGGAAAAUGAAGAGAGGUUUUCACCUCCCAACAGCAAUGUCAAUAUUUUUCACCCCUUUAAAGAAAACAUCUCAGAUACUCCUGCCUCUUUUGAAAGACCUGAUAAAGACCAAGCACAGUAAGAUCAUCCUCUCCGUCCUGGAAAAUCUGCUUUUCCAUUUUCAGACCAGACACCUCAAGCUGAAAUAGUUCAACAAGCAAAUGCUCAUAUAAGAGAACCUGCUGCUCACAUCAACAUUAACUCGAACAGAAAUGACCAGGGUCAUCCAGAUUCGCAGAAGGACCCAAGGAGAAAUGUCUGGACUGACAGGAUGGUUCACGGGGAUGCAAUUGCUUCUGAAAGUGCGCGUUGUGUCAGACAGCCAAAUGCCAUGAAAUAUAUGCCUGCCUUUCACCAAGAAGCUGAAACUGCUCCACUAGCGCCUGUGUUUGGCUCACAUCCUCUUUCUGAUCCAAGCAAAUCUAGGGGCAUGGAGCCACAAACAGGCCACCAGAAAUGUUCCUUGCGGAGCUCAACCUCUCCUUUAGAUGCCCACAGGCUAAAGCCCAUCAGGCAAAAGACAAAAAAAGCAGUGGUCAGUAUUCUUGAAACAGAAGAGGUGUGUGUGGAGCUGCUGAAGGAAUUUGACUCCCAGGAAUAUGUGAAGGAAGUUCUUCUAAUAUCCCAUGAUGGAAAUUCGAUCACAGUUUUUUAUCCAAAUGAUGGGAAAGGCUUCCCUCUUGGAAAUAAACCACUCCUUCCUCCCACAGACACAACUAGGUAUAGCUUUGAUUCUUUACCAGAAAAAUACUGGAAAAAGUAUCAAUAUGCUUCCAGAUUUGUACAGCUCGUAAGAUCUAAAACACCUAAAAUCACUGCCUUUUCACAAUACGCUAAGUGCAUUUUGAUGGAGAAUUCCCCUUGUGCUGACUUUGAAGCUUGGUUUUAUGAUGGAGCAAAAAUUCACAAAACUGAAGGCUUGAUUACCAUGAUUGAAAAAUCUGGGAAAUCCUAUACUUUGAAAGGAGAGACUGAAGUUGAUAACUUGAAAGAAGAACUAAAAAUAUAUUUAGAUCAUGCUAAUGAGGAACAUCGUUUUUGCCUUGCACUGGAAUCUGUUUUUUUAGAACAAGAAACAAAAAGUAAAAUUGUUCCCCGAUUUCCAGUAAUUGUCGGAAGAAAACCAGGCAACCCUGUUUCCCCACAGGCUGUGGCCCCUCCAAAUUGCAGGGAUCCAGAUUCUUUAGGUAAAGACACGACUUCGUUAAAUAGGAUGGUGGCAAGCAACCCUAGGGCUACUCACCAGACACCCAGCACCACUCCUUCUAUUGGUUCAUAUGACGGAUCUGGGUUCACAGCAGCUGUGCCUGAAACAGAAGGAUCUUCUCCCAGCCCAGAGGAUUAUCUUCCCAAAUCAGCCCAGCUUCUAAAGCCUGUUUUUGUGGAAAAUGUUGGUUGUGUUACCCAGCUACCCAAUGGGGCCGUGUGGGUUCACUUCAAUGACGGAUCCCAGCUGGUGGUUCAGGCCGGAAUGCCCUCUAUCAGUUACACCUCCCCAAGUGGCCAGACUACUCGAUACGGGGAAAAAGAAACAUUACCAGAAUACAUCAAGGAGAAAUUACAGUGUCUGUCUUCUGUCCUGCUGAUGUUCGCUAACCCUACUCCAGGACCCCCCUGAUUAAAAGCGUUCGUUUGGAUGCUCUGUGGCAAAUGAAUGACUUUUUGUUGACUUGAAGGGAAGUGUUUUUAUUCAUCCCAAGCCAGCCACUCCAGAAGAGGAUUUUAACAGGACUGCAACGUGUGUAUUUUAGCCAAGCUGCAAAGUCAGAAGGCAACGUCCCAAGCUCUUAGGCAAUGCCCGAUGCCCCCACCAUUUGUGUCUGUAUUUAUGUGUUUGUUGUGAAGUGAACAUGUCUAUAGUCUACACGUAGAUGGGUGAGAUGUUCCUUGCUUUUAUUGGUUUUUUCAGACAGAUCGGGAAUCAUGGAAAAUGUGGUUUUAGGAUUUUUAAACAUGUAAAGAAUUUGUAAAUAUGUUACUACUAAUGUAAAAUUGUAUACUUGUUUAUAUCUUUAUUUUUGUAGCACCAAGUUUCUAAUGAAACGUUCCUACAAAAGGGUUUUGUUGGGGGGAAAAAUGGAAAAGAAAUAAAUGCAGUGUUAAGAGCCCUUAAGCCUGGGUUCAUUCAUUUAACAUGUCAAAAAAUUGAACAAAAAGCUUGUUUU